AUGGAUCCUUAUACUCAACAAUGUAGCUUUCAAAAUCUCUUAAACAGUCAAACUCCAAACACUCAAUGGAAUGAGUCUGUCCCUGCGUCUGUCCCUCGUGAUCCUUUUCAGUCUGUCCCUGCGUCUGUCCCUCCGUCUGUCCCUCAAGAUGGCAAUGAUGACGUAGAGAUUGUGUCUGAUCGUAAAGAGAGGCAUAAAUGGACUCUGGUGGAAGAUGUUGUGCUGAUAAGUUCUUGGUUGAACACUUCCAAAGAUCCAGUGGUAGGGAAUGAGCAGAAAGCAAUUGCGUUUUGGAAACGAAUUGCUUCUUAUUUUGCUGCGAGUCCCAAGGUCGCUGGUUUGCAAAAGAGAGGACCGGUGCACUGUAAAGCAAGGUGGGGGAAGAUCAAUGAAGGCGUGUGUAAGUUUGUUGGCUCCUAUGAAGCUGCAACAAAACAGAGAUCGAGUGGACAGAACGAGGAUGAUGUCUUGAAGAUGGCUCACGCGAUUUACUUUAAUGAUUACAAGAAGAAGUACACAAUGGAGCACGCAUGGUUGGAGCUUCGCCAUGAUCAGAAAUGGCGUGGAGCAUCUACUACUAAAGAUAAAGUGCAGUCGAAAAGGAUAAAGCUAGGGGUUGAUCCACUACCAACCUCUGUGCCAAGAGAGGAUGAUAAUUCCGCACGGCCUGCUGGGGUUAAAGCGGCAAAGGCAAAAGCUAAAAAGCCUGCGAGCAAGCCGACGUUGGAAGAGGAAGAAAAGGAGUUUCACAACCUGUGGGAGCUUAGGCAGAAUGAUUUUGCCCUGAAGGAUAAGCUGAACAAGCAGAAAUUGCUUCAGGGUCUCAUUCUGAAGACUGAGCCAUUAACUGAACUAGAACUUGCUUUGAAAGAUCAGCUUAUUAAGGACAUGUUGGCUUAG